AAAUAUAAUGUACUCUCUCUCAGCAAGGACUUCCUGUCGGAGCUCUCUGAUGACUCCGCCCUGUUGCUGCUCAACGAAGCCGUCGGCCAAUUAGCUGUCAGCUCUGCCUCCUCAGUGGGUGGGGCCUCCGUCAGACUCAUCAUGCUCAUGGCCAAUCAGCAGGAGGCCCGUGUGAAGCCCCUCCUCCUCAGCUUCAGAGGUCUGGACAGCCUAUUGGACAAAGACUGGAGGGGGCGGGGGUUCGACCAGGAGGUGGAUCAGCUGAUCGCAAUCAUCCAAUCAGACGCAAGGAUUCUCCCACAGGCGUGUUCUGAGCGUGUGCGCGCGGCCUGUUUGAUCCAGGCGGCGUGGAGGUCGUUCCAGACGAGACGCCGCCUGAGGAGCCUGAGCAGGGCGGUGUGCAAAGUGCAGCGGAGAUACAGGAGGCAGCAGCAGGAGCACGAGGAGGAGCAACGAGGAGAGGAGGAGCUUAGGUUCCAGGUGUGUGUGAGGCGUCAGCAAGCCAGGAGGAAGUUCCACCAGAAACAGAGACAGCUGCUGCAGCUCCUUCCUCCAG